AUGUUUGCUCUUCAGAAAUGCGACGAAGUGCUUUCGGAAAUCGUCAGCCAGACGGGAUGCUCGAUGGGUCACUCCCCGGCGUCCACCCCUGGUUCUGAUUGGGAUAUCUCCGAUUUUAAUCCGCUCCUGAUUGAGAACCAUGACAAGUCUUUGACUGUUUUCCUGCACAGCGGCAUCACGGGAGAGCUCGUUGCAAAGUACAUACAUCCAAAUGAGCGUUGGUGA